AUGGCAAAACUAGAAGCUCACUUGUAUCAAUCACAGUUUGGUCGUGGCCCUGGAUUAAAUUUACUAAAUGGCAUAACACCGUAUACGAGUUGGUAUAUUCGUUUCGUAUUGGCUAAUUUAUGGUUAUUUGGCAGUUUAGUUGAAAAAGUAUUCUCCAAAAAGCCCGCAUUGAAUGCAUUACAACGUACAACAAUCGCUGUGACAUUGAUAUCAGGAGGUGUCAAAGAGAAUACAUUGCCACCAUCAGCCCAAUCGAAUGUCAAUCAUCGAAUACAUCCUGCUGAUUCAUGUCAAAAAAUAUUUGAACAAAAUAAACGUAUAAUCAAUGAUGAACGUGUUAAAGGAAAAAUUAAAUCUUGUGUAGAACCCAGUCCGAUUUCUCCUUUUGGAGAUCAUGUUUGGCCUUAUUCGAUAAUUAAACAUACAAUUCGACAAACAUUCAACGGAACAAUUGUCGUUUUACCGGGUCUCUCUUUGGGAGGAACCGACAGUAAAUCUUAUACAAGUUUAACAAAAAAUUUAUAUCGUUUUUCACCUUGCCAUUUAAUGCAUUCAGAUUUUCCAAGGAUACAUGGAAUAAAUGAACGUAUAACAAAAGCUGAUGUCGAACGUUAUUUGAACUUUUUUUAUCAUCUCAUUGUCAAUUCAAAUCUAGAGAUAUUACCAAAAAAUCACAUAAAAACUGAACUAUAA